AGCGUCACUACCCAGCGACGCCCAUUUUGUAAACAUUCGCUCGAAGCAUUUUAAAUGCGAAAAAAACAUGGAUGAUCUUGUCAAGGUACAUGGCGGUGGUGAUGACUACAAUUCAGAUUUCAGUGAUGAUGACGGACAAGGAGAGUCGUCAGAGAGCAGACUUAAACGUAAACAUGAAGAGGAAAUCUUACGGAAACCUUUCCAGAAAGGUCGACACUCUCAGGUGGCUCACCGAAGUUUUCACGCCGGUGAAUUGGACAGAGAGGAAGCCAGGAAUAGAAGAGCCCACCUGAUAUCACUGAAUGCUUUUGAACGACAUAAGAAGUUUGUCGGCGACUACAUACUUUACUAUGGAGGACACAUGGCCGACUUUAAACGUUCUGUGGCAAAAGACAAAACAGACUCGGAUGUCCUGCGGGAGAAUCAUCGCUUUCUCUGGAGAGAUGAGGAUGAGGAGGACAUGACGUGGGAAAAAGAAUUGGCAAAAAAGUAUUACGACAAGCUUUUUAAGGAGUACUGCAUAGCUGAUCUCAGUCGAUACAAAGAAAACAAGUUUGGAUUUCGUUGGCGGACAGAGAAUGAGGUUGUGUCGGGCAAAGGUCAGUUCCAGUGUGGGCACAAACGCUGCGAGAAGCAGGAAGGCCUCAAAAGCUGGGAGGUGAAUUUUGCCUAUGUGGAACAAGGCGAGAAGAGGAACGCUUUGGUCAAACUCAGACUUUGCCCUGAGUGUUCUUUCAAACUCAACUACCACCACAAGCGUAAAGAGGUGAAAGCCAAAAAGAGUGUCAGAAAGCCCUCACAGGACAACCAGGAGCCAUUGCAGAAGAAGCGGAAGAAGACGAAGAAGAGAUCAUCGUCACACUCCAAGAAGCAGAAACGACGCAGGGAUUCAUCCACCUCCUCCACCAGCUCGGAGGAGUUGCAGGACAAAGCCCCUCGUUCUGAGGACAAAGCAGACGAGGGUCAGUCUGAGUCAGACCACUGGCGAGGGCCGGCCCCUGCAGUGGAGGAAAAGUCAAGGGAGGAAGAGUUUGAUGAGUACUUUGAAGACUUGUUCCUCUAGACUCUCCGCUGUGAUCACGCCUCCCCGACAAAAUUCAAGCUCGUGGAUUUUCUCUUCCAUUGUUGCAGAAAUAAACACACUUUAUCCCCCCAUCAGUCUGCCGUCAUUCUG